AUGUCGACAAGUCAAUCCAAGAAGCGUAAAACAGAGGAAAAUUCUCAGUCUCUUGAAAACUUGAAAGAGAUGACCUUCGAUGAUGUUCCUUUGGACCUAGCGAUGGAGAUAUUUAUGAGACUGCCUGUGAAAUCCGUAGCUAGGUGUCUCCUACUUUCCAAGUUUUGGACCGAAGUGAUCCGAAGUCGGCGUUUCAUCACGUCUUUCGAGGUUCGGUCUUUGUUGCAGCCUCGUCUACUAGUCGUGUUUAUUUUGACUGAUACACAACGGAACUGCGAAGAUUGGUACUUCUUCUCGCUGUCUUCAUCAUCGUCAACAACGUCUUAUCUAUCACGUGUUACAUGUCCACUUCCAGAUUCUGUGUACCAUUCUCAUUAUGUCAAUGGCUUAAUAAGCAUUGGAUAUGGUCUAGAGAAACGCGUAGCUAACCCUAGCACCGGUACAUCCUUGAUAGCUUUACCUAGAGUCAAAACCACAAGUACUGUCCCCUCACAUUGCUUUUUCGGAUACGAUCCGGUUAAUGAUGAAUACAAACUAUUGGUAUUGUGCAUGAAAGAAAAAAAACAACUUGAAUUUCGUCACGACCGCUAUCAACUUCGAAUAUUACAACGAUCAUCUCGACAUCAAGUAGUCACAUUGGGAGCUAAGAGGAAACGAUGGAGAAAGAUUGAUUACAGAACUCCUCAUGGUCCUGUACUUAACAGUGUGUGCAUAGAUGGUGUUUUGUAUUAUGUUGCUUUUACGGGCGCUGAUAUGUCACAGCUGAGCUUAAUGAGAUUCGAUUUGGAGUCUGAAGAGUUGGAUCUUUUUACUAGUUUAUCAGUAGACUUUAUGGCUGAGUCUCUACAUGGUUCCACUUUAAUGAACUACAAGGGGAAAGUAGCCUUAGCCACUAAAUCUUCAGUUUAUAAGUUUGAAGUGUGGGUUUUGGAUCAGCAUGCCAAAACACAUGGAUGGUUGAAGAAAAGUUUCGUCAUUACGGGAACUAAGAAAAUUUUAAAACAACAUAUUAAUAUAGAUAUCAUAGGCACAACUCACACAGGUGAGUUUAUUUUGGCACCACGGUGCUAUUCUAAUGAGUUUUAUGUUAUCCAUUUCAAUCCCGACACGGAUGGUUGUAGAACAGUCAAGGUUGAAUUACACGGAGACUACGGGUUCAAGUAUCGGGAAACAAAAGCAAUGGUUUUUUUGGAUUAUGUAGAGAGUGUUAGGUUGUUGUAG